AUGGCGCAGAAUGAUACUACUGAUAACAAGGAAAGACUACCCAGGAAAAGAAGAUUGAGUGAGGGUGAGAAAGGGCCACAAAAAAAGCAGCUAUCGAUUGACAGCCAAGAAUCAAUUGUUGAUUCACCAGCAACAGAAGGAUCAAAUUUCUCGUCUUUAUCAGGUACUCCAAAUACGUCGCGGGCUAGCUCAAGAUCAUCUUCGCUAGUACGAGGUGUAAGAGGAGGACAAUACUAUCCCUGUGACUUCGAAGGCUGCGACAAAGUGUACAAGAAACCUUCAUUAUUAAAACAACAUCAGCUCACUCAUACCAACGAGCGCCCCUUUCAUUGUACCCAUUUGGGGUGUGAGAUGGCGUUUUUCCGCAAAGAUCACUUGAAUCGCCAUAUUCUUUCGCAUCGUGAGAUCAAUGAUAAACCAUUGCACUGUGCGGUCUGUGGGAAAGGGGUUUCUACUGUCCAACAAUUGAAACGUCAUGAAGUUACCCAUGUGAAAAAUAUUAAAUGUACUUAUGAAGGUUGUUCGGAGUCUUUCUAUAAGAAGCUGUCAUUGAAAGCACACAUUGCUCGAGAUCAUGAAAAGCUGUUGAUGUGCAAAGAUUGUGGGAAAGUGUUUGAGCGACCGUAUAGGCUCGCAGAUCAUCGUGCUAAACAUCAUGGCGCUGGAUUAUCGCAACAAUGUACCCAUGGUAACUGUUUGAAAAUGUUCAAAACCUGGUCAGCAUUGCAAUUACAUAUUAAGACCGACCAUCCAAAGAUCAAAUGUAAGAUUUGUGGAAAGCCAUGUGUAGGAGAAUCGGGUUUGAGAAUGCACAUGUACAUCCACGAUGAGGCUAAGGCAAUCAAGACUUGGAAUUGCCGGAUUUGUGAACUAGUAUUCCGCAAAAAGCGAGAAUUAUCAAUACAUUAUGGCGAGUGUCAUUAUGGUCAUUCCUUUGAGCUUCUGGCUAAUUCUCUGAUUGUCAAUAUCCAGGAUAUUGAUAAUAGUGAUGAUGAUGAUGAUGAUGAAGAUGAUGAUGUCAGUGAUGUUGAGUCUGUUUCCUCUGUGGCCUCCAGGAAGUCCAUCAGUGAUUUAGUGACGAGCUCAAGAUCUGUAUUUGAUAUAUUUGCCAGUCAAGGCGAGAAGAAAAUCAAGACCCUUCCAUGCGAGUACGGAUUUUGUGACAGAAUGUUCAAGACACACCAUGAUUUGAGAAGGCAUAUGAAAUGGCAUGAAGGAUUCAGAAAGAAAAAUAGAGAAAUUCUAGGAUUGACUGGAACCAGAGAUGUUGAUAAUAAAGGAGGUGCUGAUAAUGGUAAUGUAGAAAAUGCUAAUAAUGAUGAAAGCUGA